AUGGAUCCGGUCUCCCUUGCUUUGGGCAUUGCUGGCCUCUUGCCGUUGAUUGCAAAGGCAAUCAAUUGCGCGAAGGAAUACAGUGACGCAGUUGUUACAGCGAAGGAAUCCAUAGCGGCGCUCAUCAACGAGCUUGAGGGUUUGCAGUCCAGUGUCAGCAGCCUACAGCAGUUUCUCAAACACGACAACAUCACUAGAGGCAAUGUCCGGUUCCAGCAGACUUCCGUUCUGCUGGCGUGCUGCCAAGCCUGCGACGCCAAACUGCGCUCCCUCUGCAGGAAACUGGGCCAGGAGGACAGCGGGAGAAGAAGCAGAUUUCUGUGGCCGUUCAGCAAGCGGGAUCAUGAGAAGACGGUCCAGGAACUCCGCAACUUCACCACCUGGAUGCACUUUGCCGUCUCCGUGGACGGAUGCAAGCUUCUGUCGCAGACUGCCGAUGAUGUGCUGAGGUUGCUGGGACAGCAACUAGACCAGUUCAAGGCCAUCCGAUCGCUCGAGACGACAACACUACAAAUACACAGCACAUUGACGGGACAGACGGUCUUGCUUGAGAACUCGCUAGCACGGGAACAACGAAGGGACAUCCUGGACUGGAUAUCAAAGAUUGACUAUUAUCAGAAGCAUCAAACGCUCCAAGCAUCCAGAGCGAUGAAUACCGGGUGCUGGAUACUCCACUCCCCUGAAUACAUCAGAUGGCGAGACGGCUCGGACGAGACCAGUGUGCUUUGGUGCGAGGGCAUCCAGGGCUCUGGUAAAACCAACCUAGUCUCCACCAUCAUCGACAACCUCUCCAGUCUCGCAGCAGGCGCCCUUCGGCCGGUAGCGUACUACUACUUCGACCACCAGGACCAAUCUUCGCACUCCCCGUCAACAGUAUUGGCAUGCAUGCUCCGACAGCUCCUUGAGCAGCUCCCAGCAAUCCCCGGUGCCAUCUCGAGUGUGCACCAGAGCUGCCGUUCGCAAGGCAGUCUUCCGCAGUUCGAGUGCGAGAGGCUGAUCGCCGAGCUUAUCAGAGACGUUGGACGGGCCUAUCUAGUCGUCGAUGCUCUUGAUGAGUGUGACGCGCAACAUAGAGCGACAUUGCUUGGGGCUCUGGGCGAACUGAGCAGUUUACCAGGGUUUCGGCUACUGAUCACCAGCCGUCCGCACACCAGUGGCAAUGCUGCUACGUUUACGAACCGCCUCAAUGUCAACAUAGUUGCGCGAGAGGAAGACAUUAGGCUCUAUCUCCACCAAGAGCUAGCUCGGAAGGGCAUAUAUGAGAUAGCGGACGAGGCGUUUGCCAAUGGCCUGAUAGAAAGGCUCGCUCGGGGGGCAAACGGGAUGUUCUUACUCCCUGUGUUGCAACUCCGGACAGUCCUGAAGGAGCCAACUCUGGGUGAGAUGGAGGACAGUCUGAAUAAUCUAUCCCACGACAUAAACGAAGUAUUCGAAGGGACUAUCAGAAGAAUCCAGGGGUUACCAGCAAGCCGAAGCCGCAUAGGCACUGAAAGCCUGAUGUAUCUGGUGCACGCUGCAAAACCCAUCACCGUUCAAGCGCUCAGCGAUCUUUUGGCGAUGCACCCGCGCCGCACCCGUGUGCAUGCCAGGUACCGACCAACGGAGAGCAUGAUCCUCGAGUGCUGUCAGGGGCUCGUCACCGUUGACCCGAAGACGGGGUACGUCCACACCUCGCACUACUCGGUCAACGACACAGGCCCCUGGGCAACCGAAUCGGAGAUAACCUCACACAUCGAGCGGUACCCCUUUUUGGGUUACGCUGCCGAGUGCUGGGGCGGACACGUUAAGGCAGCCGAGGAUGAUGACGAAGUGCAGGCCACGCUCGCCAACUUCUUCGCUUCGAAACGCUCCAUGGCGACAGCCAACCAGGUGAGGCAGUUCGUACAAGGCCGCCGGGAGGUUUAUUGGAGUGCGGAAGAGUCGCUCAGCCUAACGGCGCUCCAUCAUGCCUCUCGUCAUGGGCUGCUCCAGACGGCGGUACGGCUCCUUGGCGAUGGGAUUUCCAGCAAUGCUCUCUCAAAACAGGGGUCCACUGCGGCCAUCCACGCGGCAGCGAAUGGCCACGUCGAGUUGCUGAGGCUCCUUAUGCAGAAAGGAGCAGAUCCAUACCAGCGCAACUGGUACGGAGACGCGCUACACUGCGCUGUCGAAAACGACUCUGAGGGCACCGUACGGGAGUUGGUCGUGCGCUGGGCUAUGAAUCCAGGAGACCCGACGUACCUGGCAAGUGCGGUGAUCAGUGAUGCCGCAAGAGCGUUCGCGGCUCUCGUUGACCUUGGCGCCGACAUCGACGCCGAAAUGGAAUGGUGGAACUGUGACCCAAAUAAGUGCAAGGGUGACGACCAUCAGACCCAUGUUUUCUUCUUCGCCUGUGCCAGCGGCUCCUACAAGAUAGUUGACUUGAUGAUCCGGCGCGGCUGGGCUGAUGCCAGGAUGCGGUCAGCUGAUGGCCGGACGGCGUUGGACUGGGCGGCUCAUGGGCGACGAGGGCGGGGCCUUGCAAUUUCGAAGAGGCUGGUUGAAGCAGAAGCCAGUGUUGGUGUGUGGCACAAGAGCACAAGUGGUGACGUUCAGCGUGGAGUUGUCGAACAUGAAUGGCGCAACUGA